AUGGCAGGCACCAAAAUUCUUGUUCUCGGUGGCACAGGCCCCACAGGAAUCUGCCUGCUGCGAGAACUUGUAUAUCGAAAACAUGAGACCAUAGUCUACGCACGGAACCCUUCCAAGAUUCCUGAAGACCUAACAUCGGAUGAGUUACUUGAAGUUGUCAAGGGCGAAAUGAGCGAUCUCGACUCCCUCUCCGUGGCCAUAGCCAAAUGCCGAGUCGUCAUCUCCUUGUUGGGUCCCGGAAUAAACGAUAGAAAUGGCAGUCGCAGCCUAUUUGGGGACAUCUACAAAUCAUAUGUGUUUCCCUUGAUGCGCGAACAUGGAGUUGACCGCAUCUUUGCGAGCGGCACACCGUCUAUUUCUCGACCAGAGGACCAUUGGACGCUUUUCACGCUUGCCGUCAUCCCUCUUAUCCGCACGUUUGCGAAUUUCGCUUAUCGGAAUAUGCUGAACAUUGCAGAUGCUUUUGAGAAUCAUGCCGAUGGCCUCAAGUGGACUGUCUAUCGGAUUGCGGCGAUUCCCGGAAAUCAGGACCAAGAGAGCUGGCGAAAGGACAGAGAGGAUGGAGAGACGUUCGUUGGAUGGGUAGGAGAAGAUGGCUGGACAAUGUCCCAGAGGAGAGGUGCCCUUGCGCGCUGGCUUGUGGAUGCUGCAGAGGGCGGAGCUGAAGAGUGGGUGGGCAAGAUGCCAGCCGUGUGCAAGAAGGGAUAA